AUGCUGAAAUCUUUUAUCAUACUCUGUGUCUCCGUACUUCCCAUUUCUCUCGCUGGUCGGGAAUGUGUCUGGGUGCUGGGAAAAGUCGAAUGUCAAAGUGAUCCGACCAAAAAUCUCAAUGUGGAGAUUCGUGUAUGGGACAAAGACGGUCCAGGACCACUUCAAAUGAUUGAUCCAGAUGAUUUGAUGGGUGUCACAUUCUCAAAUGAUGACGGAAGAUUUCAAUUGGACGGAUGUGGAGAUGACUUUGACUGGAUUCCAGGAGUCAAGAACGUUCCAGAACCAUAUAUUGAGAUCCGUCACUACUGUAACAGUGAAAAGGGAGACGUUUUCCAACUUCCGGAAUUCAACACAUUCGUUCCAAAUACCUACGAUAUCGGAACAAUCAUUCUUGACAAAGAGACACGUGGAACCAAAACAACACAGAAAACUGAUCCAACGCAAUAA